AUGGGGGCUGGGGGCUGGAACCUGGGGUCUGCAGAGCAGACCCAGGUAGAGGACUGCUGUUGGCUGCGAAGAGACAGCCUGAGGGAUGGGAGUGAGGAGCUCCGCAACCCAGAAUGUUCGUGGAAGAAACCUGGGCCGCCACAGAUAUGCAGCUCCAUGGCUGAGUGGUGCAUGAAGGGUGGGGCUGCCACUGCAGCCUUUCCCCAUGCACCGGCCCCUGCCUCCACAGGCACUAGGAGGGGCUCCCACUUGGGUGGACUUGCUGCCCUGGUUGCUACCUUGGCCCCGUCCCGCCUGGGCAGGCUCAUGUGCCCCAGGGCAGCCUCAGGAGCAGACGCAGGUAUGGAAAUAAAGAAUUGUUCGCAGGAGGAAGUAACUGAGCAAGACACAGAAACUGCUGCAAAAAGGCGGCUGGUGAAGGUGGCGAAGGGGCAGGUCCUGCUGCUUGAUGGCCGAGGCCAUCUCCUGGGCCACCUGGCGACCAUCGUGGCCGAGCAGGUGCUUCUGGGUCAAAAGGUGGUGGUUGGGCGCUGUGAGGGCAUCAACAUUUCUGGCAAUCUCUACAGAAACAAGUGGAAGUACCUGGCCUUCCUCCGCAAGUGCAUGAACACCAACCCCUCCCGCGGCCCCUACCACUUCUGAGCCCCCAGCCGCAUCUUCGGGCGGACAGUGCGAGGCAUGCUGCCCCACAAGACCAAGCGAGGCCAGCCCGCUCUGGACCGCCUCAAGAUGUUUGAAGGGAUCCCGCCACCCUAUGACAUGAAAAAGCGGCUGGUGGUUCCCGCUGGCCUCAAGGUUGUGCGCCUCAAGCCCACGCGGAAGUUUGCCUACCUAGGGCGCCUGGCUCAUGAGGUUGGCUGGAAGUACCAGGCAGUAACAGCCGCCCUGGGGGAGAAGAGAAAGGAGAAGGCCACGAUCCAUUACCAGAAAAAGAAACAGCUCACGAGGCUACGGAAGCAGGCCGAAAAGAACAGAGAGAAGAAAACUGACAAAUUCACAGAGGUGCUCAAGACCCAUGGAUUCCUAGUCUGA